GCGCGGCAAGUUCCGGGCGGUGACGCCGCAAGCGCGAGCGGUCGGAGCGGUACGUGUUUCGCGUUCACGAGGUUCUCGUGCUCACGUCGCGGCACCGAGAUGUCGAUUCACUUCUCCGGGACCCUCUCCCGCUCCGGCGGGCUGAUGAGCGCGAUCGUAAAGCAGCUGAAGCGCGUCAAUCUAAAGCCCAUUAACAGGAUCAACGUUCAUUUCGACCCGUUCCACGAUCAGGUUAAGGAGACGAGAGAUUUUCUGUUUUACAUUAGCGCUCCGAGGAUUCGUGCGACAAAUCCGGAGUGCUUGUUGAAAACGGAGGUCGUGUGCGAUCGUUCCGAGCCAACUGUCACGUUCAGUCUUCAGUCAGGUGAAAAAAUAAUAUUAAAAACAGCCCUAUUAUCGAGCCUAAACAUCUUGGAGCUUUACAACAAGCACGUCACCAGUUUAAUUCCGCCCGAUCCGGCUGAGCUUGAAGCUAAAAAAGCGCUCCUUGAGGCGAAGAAAAAGAAGAAAAGGCGAUCGCAUCAUAAAAUAAAAUUAUGGAGCAAGCAUAGAGGAGUGAUACUCUAAUCUCAUUGGUGACCGUUUAUGAUUGGAUUUUCUAUUUACUAAACACCGAAAGACGCUAACACCGAAAGAAAGCUAGAUUCAUAUUAAAUCUAGAAAUUUAGUUUUAGUGCAAUCCAAAUAUAUUUCACUGUAAUAAGCCGAAUAAAAAAGGGAAACCCCAGCUUUAAAAUGUACGGGAAGGAUACUAGUUUAAAAAUGGAGAGCCAAACAAAAAGUAGUAAAAAUUACAAUUUAAGACUUAUCGACAUGCUUUACAGUCAAGUUCCAGCCUUCACCGAUGUGUUUGACGAAGAAACUUGGUAUGUUUUCGUCAUUUGUUUUGUAGCGGGUACUUUUUUGGUGGCAUUUAUUCUUUCGAGGUUCAUAACUAUAAAACCUGUUGAGUAAGAUUGUGUGUAGCGAAUUCAGUUCGUGAGAUGUUUUUGUAUACUUCCUUCAAUCAAUUUACAUUUCUUCAUCUCUUGAUGUUAUUCAUUUUUUUUACGCGCAUUGCAAUCAUAUAAACAUUAUAAACCUUUCAAUAUAAAAUCUCAUACAGUGAGAGUGAUAUUCUACGCUAAUUACUAUUGUAACAGAUGCGACUUCGUAAAAAAAUGUAAUGUCAUAAAUCGUUCAUGCUGAUAAUAAAAUAUUUAAAAAAAA